GCUAGAUGGCAGCAGGCAACAGCAAUUUACCGAAAUCUGUGUCAUUUCUGAUUUUUUUUUAACAUCGUUCUCGAGUAAAACCCAAUAUCAACGUUUGUUGAGACUACAGCAGUAUGGAGAUGGUCACUGUCGCCCGGUCACUUGUCAUGUUAAGCAUCUGCUUACUGUCACCAGCUUCUACAGAAUUUGUGCCAAUACAAAAAACGUGCUAUGAAUGCCAGUACACGGAUAUCCCCAACUUCAACAUGAGUGAAUAUCUCAUUGAAAAUGGCGUCGCAAAUUUUGGGAAAAUCUAUGGAAGCUCUGGACCGUCAGUGGCGCCUAAUGCACCAUCCACCACCAAGUGCGCAGAUCACGACGAGGCACAGCUGAGUGGCAAUCUCGCCGUGCCCUGCAUUGGUGGCUGCAUGAAAUACAAGGGCAUGCGUGAAGACCAGACAUUUAUCAUGAGGCUCUGUUUUAACAACACGCUCUUCUCCGUGGCAAAGAGCAAAUGCCAGGACUCGGACACAUAUGACAAGAAGAAGAUCACGAUGUGCCUAUGUAAUGAACCGAACUGUAACACGGCCAGUACCUGGUCUUACUCGCCCUUCUUGCUGCUGCUCACUGUUGCUCUCCUGGUAGUCAACACUGUGAAGCCAUAAAUAUCAACAUAUCAAUGAGUUGAUAUAACUUCAUAUAUAUAUGCAUAUAUUAAUUUAUAUUAAUUUAUAUAUAUAUAUAUAUAUAUAUAUUAUAUAUAUAAGUAUUUCUCAUCAUUGAUGGUAGUGUGGCGACUUACUCUCUAACCGCUUCGCUUCGUUUGACUUUCGCUUUCUCUCUCUGUAGGGGUUUAUGAUGUGUCACCGCCGCGUUAAACCCGACUACAAAUUAGAUCGAUAGCUAUAUAUAGAUAUAUGCGCCGUGCAUCGUGUCAAUGCAGUCAAACAACAAUAGUGAUGGAGAGUAAAAACGCUACGCUGUCUACGCUGUGGCGGAGGUUUGCUAUCUCCGAUUGCUCUUGUGUAUAUAUAUCAGGAGCUAAUAAUGACUAAUUUUU